CGGCUGCGACUCGGGCCGGGCUCUCUCCGCCGGCCGCUCUGCGCUCCAUGGAGCAGCGCGCACGCCGGCGCUCCGUGCUGUCUCACUAGCCUAGCGAAACGGCUCCGUUCUCCGCCGCCGAAAUGAAGUACAAGAAUCUUAUGGCAAGGGCCUUAUAUGACAAUGUCCCAGAGUGUGCUGAAGAACUGGCCUUUCGCAAGGGGGACAUCCUGACUGUCAUAGAGCAGAACACUGGGGGACUGGAAGGAUGGUGGCUAUGCUCCUUACACGGGCGGCAAGGCAUUGUGCCUGGCAACCGGGUGAAGCUUCUCAUCGGUCCCGUGCAGGAGACCUCCUCCAGCCACGACCAGUCCACUCCUGCCCUGAUGCACCAGAGCUUUGGCCAGCAGAAGCGCUAUCAAAUGCCAAACCCCCAGGCGGCUCCUCGUGACACCACCUACCAGGUGCCACCAUCCUACCAGAACCAGGGGAUUUACCAGGUACCCACUGGCCAUGGGACCCAAGAACAAGAUGUCUAUCAAGUGCCACCAUCAGUACAGAGAAGCAUUGCGGGGACCAAUGGGCCGCACUUAAGUAAAAAGGUGAUAACCCCGGUGAGGACUGGCCACGGCUACGUAUACGAGUACCCACCCAGAUACCAAAAGGAUGUCUAUGACAUCCCUCCUUCCCAUAACACCCAAGGGGUGUAUGACAUCCCGCCCUCAUCCGUGAAAGGCCCUGUGUUUUCAGUUCCCGUGGGAGAGCUCAAACCCCAAGGGGUGUAUGACAUCCCUCCUGCUGCAGGGGUCUAUGCCAUUCCACCCUCUGCCUGCCGAGAUGAAGCCGGGCUCAAGGACAAGGAGUACGACUUCCCCCCUCCCAUGAGAAGGCCAGAUGUCAGGCCUGAGGGUGUUUAUGAUAUCCCCCCAACCAGUGCCAAGCCAGCAGGCAAGGACCUCCACGUAAAGUAUAACUGUGACACUCCUGCGGCCGCAGAGCCCGUGGUGCGCAGGCACCAAGGCCUCUCCCCGCACCACCCGCACCUGGGACUGCCAGGCCCUCAGAAUGAUGCCUACGACAUCCCCCGCGGGGUUCAGUUCCUCGAGCCCCCAGCUGAAUCCAGUGAGAAAGCAAACCCUGAAGACAGAGACGGUGUCUACGACAUUCCUCUGCACAACCCACCAGAUGCCAAAGGCUCUCGGGACCUGGUGGAUGGCAUCAACCGACUGUCCUUCUCCAGUACAGGCAGUACCAGGAGUAACAUGUCCACGUCUUCCACCUCCUCCAAGGAGUCCUCACUGUCCGCCUCCCCGUCUCAAGACAAAAGGCUCUUCCUGGAUCCAGACACCGCCAUUGAGAGACUUCAUCGGCUCCAGCAGGCUCUGGAGAUGGGUGUCUCCAGUCUGAUGGCACUGGUGACCACGGACUGGAGGUGUUACGGCUACAUGGAGAGGCACGUCAAUGAGAUACGCACGGCGGUGGACAAGGUGGAGCUGUUCCUGAAGGAGUACCUCCACUUUGCCAAGGGAGCCGUAGCCAACGCCUCCUGCCUCCCAGAACCCGUCCUCCACAACAAAAUGAAGAGGGAGCUCCAAAGAGUGGAAGACUCCCACCAGAUUCUAAGCCAAACCAGCCACGACUUAAAUGAGUGCAGCUGGUCCCUGAACAUUCUGGCCAUCAACAAGCCCCAAAACAAGUGUGAUGACCUGGACCGGUUUGUGAUGGUGGCCAAGACGGUGCCCGAUGAUGCCAAGCAGCUCACCACAACCAUCAACACCAACGCAGAAGUGCUCUUCAGACCAGGCCCCGGCAACUCCCAUCUGAAGAGUGGGCCCGAGGGCAUCAUGAACUCAGCUGAGUACCCCUGCGGCAGCUCCCAACUGCAGCUGCUCCAUCCUGGUGACCCCAAGGCCCAGACGCACAAUAAACCACUGCCCCCCAGUCUGGGCAAGGAUCAGGCCCCUGACUGUGGCAGCAGUGAUGGCUCUGAGAGGAGCUGGAUGGACGACUACGAUUACGUCCACCUGCAGGGAAAGGAGGAGUUUGAGAGGCAACAGAAAGAGCUACUGGAAAAAGAGAACAUCAUCAAACAGAACAAGAUGCAGCUGGAACAUCAUCAGCUGAGUCAGUUCCAGCUGCUGGAACAAGAGAUCACAAAACCAGUGGAGAACGACAUCUCCAAGUGGAAGCCCUCUCAGAGCCUCCCAGCCACAAACAGCAGCGUGGGCGCGCAGGAUAGGCAGCUGCUCUGCUUCUACUAUGACCAGUGUGAGACCCAUUUCAUUUCCCUGCUCAACGCCAUAGAUGCGCUUUUCAGUUGUGUCAGCUCUGCCCAGCCUCCGCGGAUCUUCGUGGCGCACAGUAAGUUCGUCAUCCUCAGUGCUCACAAACUGGUGUUCAUUGGAGACACGCUGACAAGGCAGGUGGCUGCCCAGGACAUCCGUAACAAAGUGAUGAACUCCAGCAACCAGCUCUGUGAACAGCUGAAGACUAUCGUCAUGGCGACCAAGAUGGCCGCCCUCCAUUACCCCAGCACCACGGCCUUGCAGGAGAUGGUUCACCAGGUCACAGACCUGUCUCGAAACGCCCAGCUGUUCAAGCGCUCUCUGUUGGAGAUGGCGACCUUCUGAGCAGAGAACGAGGACCAGGGGAUGGAAGGAACUAAGGAAAACUGGAAAUAUGAUCUGGUUUUUGUAAAUGUUAUCUAUUUUUGUAGAUAUUUUAUAUGAAAAUGAAAUAUUUUAACGUUGUAUGGGCUAGACAACUUUCAGAAAUUCAGGGAGCCAGAGAGGAAAAUCUUGUCUUUUUGUUUUCCCCUGUGUGGUUCUUGGGUGUCUGUAUAAUUACCUAAGGCAGGAACUGCACAUAACCCUGUCCACGUGCCUGUGUACGCCUGUGUAUUCAUGUUUGUAGAUGUUUGAUACAUUCCAUUAAAAAAAAAAAAACAUGAAUUAAGAAGCACCUUUGUAAGUACCUCCUAAUGCUGCAUUUUGGGUUUUUUGUUAGAAAACAUAUACUGGCUGGUUAUAAUAUUGCUGUGUACCUGUCAUUGUUCUGAGCACGGUCCUCCCACCCUUGGAAAACACAGUAUAUUUGCAGGUGUACCUCUCCCAAAUAAUGAAGCUUGGCAUGGCUUAUUCUCACUUAAGAACCCCUUCCAAAAUUGAUCGUCAUGAAAAUGUUAUGGCAAAAAGCUUUCAUGGAGAGCAAAUCACAGAAAGUAAGGAUUUAUCCAAGUUCCGACUUAUCAGGCGCUGGAGAGAGAUUUGUGUGCUGUCUUUAGAGGCCGUGUCCACAGUAGGAGUUGGGUUGCUGCAACACUGAAAGGAAGCCGUGCAAAUGGAAAACACUUGUGUCCCUGAGGCUAUCUGAUCUUCUUUGUGAGUUAUUCAGCCAUGUGGUAUUCCAAAGGAUGUUUUUAGAGUUGUAAAAACUGCAUUAUUUGCAGCAUCAAUUCAAAAUGACACAUCAGACUACAAAUGUCCACAAAAGGAAGGGAAGGUUCCAUCUGUCAGUUCUAAAUAAAGGCCCUUCUGAUGCUGAAUCAUUCGCUUAGGUGCUGUGACUCUCACUGCCUGAGAGGAAUAGACCAGUCUGUGGGCACUGAACGUUGGAGCUACCGAGCCAUACCCUGCUCUCAUCACCUGGUCUUGCAGCCUCUUAAAAAGUCAUAUAUUCAGGGUGGGUCUCUGGUGGAGUGGUUAAGACUGCUGCGAAUGCUCAUAGCCCAUCCAGGGAUGCCCGAGUUUGAGUUCCAGCUCUUCCUCCAAUUCCAGCUUCGUGCUAUACACAACCUAAGAUGGCUCAAGUAAUUGGGUCUCUGCUAUCCAUGUGGGGGGACCCAGAUUGAGUUCCAGUACCUGGCUUUGGCCUGGCCCAGUACCAGCUGUUGGGAGUAUUUGGGGAAUGAACCAGUGAGUGGAAGAUUUCUGUGUUUCUCUCCCUGUCCAUCUGUUUCUCUCUCUUUCUCUCUGUCCUUCAAAUAAGUAAAAAAUAAAAUUUUUGAAAAGUAACACAUGCAGAAGCCAUACAGGGUCCAUCUAACCUUUAUGACCCUAUGUAGCCAGUGACCUUAUGCAUAAGCCCCACCACCAUCUCAUAGCUCAUCACAUCACCCACCCUAUAAUCUGUUCACUCCUGCUGGCUUUGACACAACGCAGUUGCCACAAACCAUCAGAUUCAUAUGGAACAAAUGAAAUACUUCCCAGCCCAUGGGUAAAUGGACUCACAUGUGACCAAGAGGCAUAUUACCUAUGGUCUUUCAGCCCAGUGCUUAUCUAAUGGUUUCAUUCCAGCCUAUUUGGAAAAUUUUUUUAUUUCCAAUAUAUGCCUUGACUGAAUUAAGCUUGCUUGUUCUAAACAACCAAAUCAUUGGAACAGGAAAGCAUUUAAGAAAGAAAAGUACAUGAUCUCAAUGUGAUUUUUAAAAAGAAACAGUGGAAAUUAUCAUAGAAGGUGCUUUCCAAAACAACUGCUACUGUAAUUCUCAAAGUUCUCUGCUUCCAAGAGUAUAAAAAGUUCUAUUGUGAUAUGGCAAGUGAGUGUGUGCAGAAGAAGGGAGUUGUUGAAAAUCACACUUGAAGAAGCUAAGAAGUGUGUCCUUGGAGAUUUCAUUGUAUCAUGUGUUUCUUAGGCGAUGACAGACUUAUUCAAAGCAAAGUGGUGACAUUUCAUAUUUUCAAAACCAAAACAUUCAACUGUAUUACUCUCUUUCCAAUCGUGUAUAUAGAACCUCUUUUGAAAUCAUUAAAUUUUAGAUCUCUGUUUUCAUAGCCACUGGGUUUUCUUUUCCAUAUUUUCCUUGUCACAACUAAAUGCUGGUUUAUUUGGACACUCAU